CCAUUCAACCAACACAACCCAACAUUACAGCUGCUAGCUGAUGCAUCUCGACUCCACGGAUGACUUUUUAUCUUCGAAAUAGCAGAAUGUUAACAAAGUGCUCAAGAUGAGGAUGUCACGUACAUUCCAGUGGUUUCUCACCCGCUUUCUCUUAUGCAUCCCAAUAUUCUCUUUCUGCGGAUUUGUUCUACUCCUUUCAUCAUGCAAUGUAACUGAAGACUCCCCCAGAAAACCCUGCCCGCGGGAGAGCUCGAACCAAAAUCAAUUAAGGACGUUGGACGACAGUGGGGGCGAAAAACCACUUUCAGCAUUUUUAGUCAUACUGGUCAUGUCCGGACCGAAACUCUUAGCAGGACGUCAAGUUUUACGCGACACGUGGCUGACAUUACGAACAAGCGACAUGAUCGUAAAGUUUGCAAUUGGCACUGCCAACUUGCCAGCGGAGCAUCUGGAAGCCUUAGAGAGAGAACAGAAAGAGUAUAAUGAUCUCCUAUUCUUGCCAGACCUUGAAGACAGUUUCCUCGCUUUAACUCAAAAGUUGAUUGAUAUGUUUGUAUGGCUGGAUCACAAUGUGAGUUAUAAGUUUGUGCUGAAAGUAGACGAUGAUUCCUUUGUUAGACUUGACGCCUUGACGAAGGAGCUGCCGCAGAAGAGCCAAGAGAAACUCUUCUGGGGGUUCUUUGAUGGACGUGCCCGGGUACACAAGACUGGCAAGUAUGCAGAGGCAGACUGGGUGUUGUGCGACCGCUACCUUCCCUACGCUAAAGGCGGUGGCUACGUCCUCUCCGCAGAUCUAGUGCACUUCGUCAGCUUGAACGCAAAGUACCUCAAGAAAUACAACGGCGAGGACGUAUCGCUCGGAUCUUGGCUGGCGGCAGUGGAAGUUAAUCGUCAACACGACACACGCUUUGACACCGAAUAUCUGUCGAGGGGCUGUUCAAACACCUACCUGAUCACGCAUAAACAGACGCCAGACGAUAUGAGACAGAAAUGGAAGCAUUAUAAAGACACAGGGCAUCUGUGCUCUCAGGAACUUCAGACGAGACCUUCUUAUAUUUAUGAUUGGCAAAAGCCACCAACAGAAUGUUGCAUAAGAAAAAAUGGUAUACCAUGAUAAAUUUUCAAGGAUCUUAACAAAUUCUACAUCUAGUUUGACUUCUUCCAAAAUUUGGUGCUACCAGUAUAUCACUUUUUAUUCUUCUCUUUUUGUGCAGUUUAUACAUUGUACAUUAAGCAUUUACUGAUCCUAUGCAUGCCAUAACUUAGUCCAAAUUAAUAAUAA